CGGGUGCCAUGGCGGGCGCGGGGGCGGCGCGCGGCAGCCUAGAGCUGGCCGGGGCCGCGGGGCCGCCGGGCCGGGCUGAGCAGCAGCCACAGCCACAGCAGCCGAGAGCCGCCGCGAUGUCGUCCGUGGCCUCCUACGAGAGCCUGGUGCACGCCGUGUCCGGCGCCGUGGGCAGUAUGACUGCAAUGACUGUAUUUUUUCCUUUGGAUACAGCUAGACUUAGACUUCAGGUUGAUGAGAAACGAAAGUCAAAGACAACACCGGCUGUCCUUUUGGAAAUAAUCAAAGAGGAAGGCCUGUUGGCACCAUAUCGAGGAUGGUUUCCUGUUAUCUCCAGCCUGUGCUGCUCCAAUUUUGUUUAUUUUUAUACAUUUAAUAGUCUUAAAGCCCUCUGGGUCAAAGGUCAGCAUUCAACCACUGGAAAAGACUUGGUUCUUGGGGUUGUUGCAGGAGUAGUGAAUGUACUCCUGACCACCCCUCUCUGGGUAGUGAACACACGCCUGAAGCUGCAGGGAGCAAAAUUCAGAAAUGAAGACAUUGUACCAACCAAUUACAGAGGCAUAAUAGAUGCCUUUCAUCAAAUAGUCCGAGAUGAAGGAGUCUUAGCUCUGUGGAAUGGUACUUUCCCCUCCUUGCUGCUGGUCUUCAAUCCUGCCAUACAGUUUAUGUUUUAUGAAGGCUUUAAACGAAAGCUUUUGAAAAAGCAGCUGCAACUCACAUCUUUGGAUGCUUUUGUCAUUGGUGCAAUAGCCAAAGCAGUUGCCACCACCCUCACUUAUCCUCUGCAGACAGUACAGUCAAUUCUGCGGUUUGGACGUCACAGGCUGAACCCAGAGAACCGAACACUGGGCAGUCUUAGAAAUGUUCUUUACCUUCUUCAACAGAGAGUGAGGCGUUUUGGGUUAGUGGGACUCUACAAAGGCCUUGAAGCAAAGCUCCUGCAGACAGUCCUUACUGCUGCUCUGAUGUUUCUGGUGUAUGAGAAACUGACUGCAGCCACCUUCACAGUCAUGGGAUUGAAGCACUCGCGCAGACAUUGAGGAGGAGCCUAUGCCAAAGAUUCUGGGGUCUAGAAAACACAUUCCAUUUCUGAGACCUGCCUGGGUAAACAAAGGGUCCUCACUUUCUCUGCUUCUCUUUUUAUUAGCCACCUUUAUCUCCAGUAUUUGGAGAAAUCUGGAAUAUGCUCAUAGGACCUGUUGCCACGAAUUCAGGGAUAGCCCAUUCCCUAUUGUUCUGUGUACUCACCAUGUUAAGAAAAAAACAGAGACCUUAUUUAAGCACUUGACCUGAAAUUUAAACUAUUAUGUGAUUUGGUAAUUUGGUUGAUAUUCUUGGCAAGAGUGACUAUCUCUCACUAUACUUUGUUCUUUGCCCUCAAAUUGUCCUCAACUAUUCUUGGAUCUUUAUCUUCUGUCAGCAGCUGGUGGGGCUGGUUUUGUGUUAUUUUCCUUGACCUGUGUUUGUCACUUCAUAUUUGGUUCAUUAAAAUAAUUCAUAAAGAAUAA